ACUCGCUUCAUCCCAAAUUAAUCCGCGGAGCGUCGAGGUCACGGCUUCCCUCCUCUCCGCGAGUCGGGGUUUUUAGGUUCGAAUCUCAGCGCAUGGAUCGUCACCGCUGCGAACAAAAGAGCACUCAGAGAUCCGAUAUCAGGAUUGUUUAACUCCUCAGAAGGUACCUGGAUCUUUGUUCCGCUUCCUAGUCCGGUGCUCGGGGGAUGAGGUGAAGAUGGAAUACGCUGUCUCGUAGCGCCAAAGUAGAGAAAUAUUAUGGCAGGAUUUUGGAGAUUUGGCGCCCUGGACUCGCUGGUUCUCCGCCCGGGCCUGUGUUGGUGAUCGUCCUGACGAGAGCAUCCCGAGAUUAGCACCAGAGAACCUUGAAUUUGUUCGACCAAGAGUUAGAAAGUGAGAAUGGAGCACACCGGCAUCGAGGAGGUGAACCAGACGCACCAGCAACAGCACGAACCCAUCAGCUUCGGCAUCGACCAGAUCCUCAACAGCUCGGACCAGUCCAGCGGCUGCAUGCUCCCGAACCGGACCGGAGAGGCGGAUUACGCGCUCGCGGCGUCCUACAGCAACGGCUACGGCGGUGUCUACAACCCGGCCUGCUCCAUGGCGGCGGGUCUGGCGGGCUCCUACAACGUCAACAUGAACAUGAACGUCAGCAUGAACAUGAACGUCAACGUCAACUCGGCCGGUGCCGGCGGGGUCAUCCGGGUUCCGGCGCACAGACCCAUGCCUCCGCCGCCGCCCCCGGGCUCCGCAGCUGCCGCGAGUGCGCCGCACCCGCCGCCGAGCGCGCAUCCGGCCGGACUCGGACCCGGGAUCCCCGCUGUGCCCGGGAUGGGGAUGGGGAACGCUGCCAAUUUCACUUUUCCCUGGAUGGAGAGCAGUCGGAGGUUCGCCAAGGACAGACUGACAGGGGAGCCGGCAGAGGAGAGCCGGGCAGCAGAGCUGACAGGGGGGUCGGGGGCCGCGGGGUCCCUCUGUCCGCUCCCCAAGGGAGACCUCGGCAGGGUCCCCGUCUGGAGCACGGUGGAGACCUUAACUAAAUGUUAUUACCCUGAACUCGCUCACCUGCGAGACGGCACGGGCCUCCUCGCUGACUACGCCUUCCCUAAGGGGGCGUGUCCAGCGGCGCUCUCACCGUUCUCCGUGACGCGGCGGAUCGGACACCCGUACCAGAACCGGACGCCGCCCAAGAGGAAAAAGCCGCGCACGUCGUUCAGCCGCGUUCAGAUCUGCGAGCUGGAGAAGCGCUUCCACCGGCAGAAGUACCUGGCAUCAGCCGAGAGGGCGACGCUGGCCAAAGCUCUGAAGAUGACCGACGCACAAGUCAAGACCUGGUUCCAGAACCGACGCACCAAGUGGAGGCGACAGACGGCGGAGGAGCGCGAGGCGGAGCGGCAGCAGGCCAACCGCCUGAUGCUGCAGCUGCAGCAGGAAGCCUUCCAGAAGACUCUGAGCCAGCCGCUGCAGCCGGACCCCCUCUGCCUGCACAACUCCUCCCUGUACGCCCUGCAGAACCUGCAGCCGUGGGCCGAUGACAAUAAGCUGUCGGUCUAGCAGGAGUGGGGCGGGACACAAAUGGACCUCUCUGUACAUGCCCCACCUUCCAGACUAUUCUCCCACUCCCGGAAGCUGUGAGAGACUUUUGGCCCCAAACGAGCCUCCUGUUCUUCCCUCUUUGUACAAUGUAGUAAAUAAAUGCAUGUCUCUUUUCUGUGUGAGCGCCGCCCUGGUGCAACGGCGAGGUGCUGCAGGUCUCAGAUUCUCAUUACGGUCAUGAAAAGGGUGUUUUAUAUUAAAUC